UACACUGACACAGAGAUUCAAGGGGACCAUAGUUGUUUGGCGACAGAGCUAAGUAAAUUUGUGUCAUCUGCAUAGCUUUGAUUAGAAAUCAAUAUAUUUUGGAUGAUUUCUCCGAGUGGGAGCAUAUAGAGGCUGAAUAAUAGUGGCCCCUAGAUCGACCCCUGGGGAACACCACAGGUCAAGAAAGUUGGUGUUGAGAUACAGUUACCUAUGGCAACAAAGAAGCCACUUACACAAGGCUAUUCACAUGCUUUUCUAAACCACCUACAUGGAUAAAACCAUUGCUGAAUAUUCGAUAUACAGCAGUUAGAAACCCCACCCAGAUCUAAGCUCCACCUUUACAUGGCAUUGGAUGGUUUAAAAUCUGAAACAGUUCACCCACACACUGGCACUACUGCAGUGAUGUACUGAAGACACAUUUCUACCCAUUGUUUUUCAACUCUAGCGAUCAUGGCUGAUCAACAGGAUGAUGUUUGCGCUUUACUAAAUCAUGCUGAUGAACCAGGAUUGGAGCGGGCCAUUGCCAAAGCCAGAGAAUUAGUAGAUAGGUUAGAUAACGUAGUGCUCAACAUUGCUGUAACAGGAGCGGCUGGAGCAGGAAAGUCCACCUUUGUCAAUGCGUUCAGGGGUCUUAGUGAUACAGAUGAAGGAGCUGCACCAACUGGAGAGACAGAGACCACUAUGGAGAUCAGAGCAUACCCCCAUCCCACCAUGCCCAAUGUGAAGAUCUGGGACCUGCCAGGCAUAGGGACCAAAAACUUCAAAGCCAAGACCUACGUAAAGGAUGUCAAGCUCCAAAACUAUGACUUCUUUAUCAUAGUUAGUGAAAAAAGAUUCAGAGAGUAUGACAUUAUGCUGGCAAAGGAAAUUCAGAAAAAUAAAAAGAAUUUUUACUUUAUUCGUUCAAUGAUUGACCAAGAUAUAGCCAAUGCUGAAAGGAGAGGGGUGACAGAGAAUGACACUCUCCAAAAAAUAAAAAAUGAUUGUCAGGAAAAUCUGAGGGAACUGGGAUCUCCUCCUGUCUUCUUGAUCUCGUCAUUAUACCUGGGGAGAUUUGAUUUCUCAGAACUACUAAGUGCCCUGGAGACAGAUCUUCCAGAUCGCAAAAGCGACGCUCUUGUUCGGAGUUUGCCGGUUUACUCUAGGCAGUGUCUUGAAAAGAAAUACAACACAUUCCAGAAAGCAGUCUGGGCUUUGGCUGUUGUGUCUGGGGGCAUAGCAGCAGCCCCAGUGCCAGGUCUGUCAGCAGCAUGUGAUGUUGCCAUGGUAGCAACUUUCUUCACCACAUGCUACCGUUCCUUUGGUCUAGAUGAUAAUUCCCUUACAAAGCUGGGCAUGAGAGUAGACAAGCCAAUUCUACAAAUGGUUAAAGAAUCUAAACUUGUCCAGGCAAUUGCUGGUAAAACAUUUCUUUCGUCACAAUUUGUAGCAAGACUUGGGGCAGCAGGUAUUAUUGAGUCAGUGUGCAGCCUUGUUCCUGUUGCUGGAAACAUAGCAGCAGCUGGAGUCUCUUUUGCUACCACACGAUCUGUACUCUUAGAGGGGCUGAAAGAACUGUAUAGGGUUGCACUACAGGUGAUUGAAAUGGCAGAGCUUACAUAGACUGAAGUGUGCCUGAACUGCUCUGUAGGGGGCUCAAUGCAUUGCAUAAUGUGGCAUAAAAUUGAAGGACUUAAAGGGACACUUCACCGAUUAGCAUUAAGCUUUGUAUCUUUACAAAACC